AUACCUGUACCUUAUUACCUCUAUACAUGAACCUCCUUAGCGCCCACGAUGCCAGUUGCGGUUGCCCAGGCAGGCUGUCAGAGACCAUCUCAUUGACGGCACGCCAUGUGCAGUUUCCAUCUCGAGCAUCCGGAAGGCUGGGCACGGGCGCCGUAGCUUGGCAAGCGCAGCCUUUACUACUAACACAUUCAUAGAAUCCGAUGAUGGACACGUCCGGGCAGCACCAUUCCCCAGACAGUCGUUUGGUACUAACAGUUAACUGCUCUCUCAUCUCAUCACCAGCGCUUUAGCCAUCUAAAAUACUCCAAUUCUCGAUAUAUCAGCAUGGAGCAAGACCAAGACCACGACCAUCAAGACCUCCUGCCAAACGGGAAAGACGAAGAAGACAUGCUUCCGAACGGGCACCCCGACGAAGAUGACUCGAUUCCAAACGGGCAAGACGAACGCUCGCUUCCAAACGAGCAGGACGAAGAAGACUCGCUGCCAAAUGAGCAAGACGAUGAAGAGCCGCUUCUAAACGGGCAAGAUGAAGAAGAUUCGCUUCCCAACAGGCAAGACAAUGAAGACUCGCUUCUGGAGGCGCAAGACGAGGAAGUCACGCUGCCAUAUCAGCAAGCCGAACAAGACCCCCUCCCAUACGUCUCACCAGGCGCGGCGCAGUCCGUCGAAGCUCGCGAACUGACAGACUGGUGCCUCAGGCUUGCCAAGCAAGAAUUUCCUGAAUUCGACGAGAUGCUACGCCUUCUAGGACCACCACGCCAGCGUCUUGUCGAGCUCAGGCUCAUGGAGGACGACGAGCCUCCGCAGCUGGAAAUCCCGGGUCAUCUCAACAGAGCCUUGGCUGUGUUCAUCUACGUACAUGGCUGCCCGUCAACGCAAGGCUGCAUGGAAUGCCACCUCGGCAAGGGAGUCUUCCUGGGAUGUUACAAGUUGACGCACAUUUCACCAUUAUGCGCCAACUGCAUGUACGAGUCGCAGCAUUGACUUUGUACGGCUGGCUGUACGCCAUGUCUUUCACGAUGUGGAAUAGCUUACCGACUGCCCUCGCAGCGGUCUCGAUCCAGAGCGCGAGCUGCUAAAGUACCAAAGUUGCAUGUAUGACAGCAGCAGGACAGUUUGGGGGGUGAGGCUGUCGAACGCGUGGGGAAAGAAGAGCCCAUGCCAUGGUUCGAGACGGGCCCAGCGAAAGGG